ACGCUCACCGUCGCAUCACACGGAAUGUUUUUGUCGCUGCAGCGCUCCAGUCGGAAGCUGCGCAAGCGUGUCGCUCAUCUCUGUCAGUUAGCGGCUUUAUGUACCUAUUUUUUUCUUCUUCUGUAAUUUGUAUUUAUCAUUUCUGUUGCAGAGGAUAUCUUUGUGUGAUGCUCAUGGCUGCUCGGACAGUCUGUCAGAUGCUUCAGCGCCGUCGAGCAUCUAGUGCAGCGGCUGCAUGCCUCUCAUCUGCAGAACUGCGCAGUCAUCGCAGUGCUCUGUUCUCUAAAGAGCAGGUACGUCAGAGAUCUCUGUAUCCGCGGACAGAGAAGAUCGAGGUGACGCUACAGGGGCCCGGCCUACAGGGGACCCUGCUGGUCAUGAACAGAGGCCUGUCGACGCCGUACAGCUGCACACGCCAUCUGACAGAGUGGCAUGUGAAGAGCUCAGCUCUGGCUCUGGUGGACGGACAGCCGUGGCACAUGCACCGACCUUUGACCCACUCCUGUGACCUCACCCUUCUCACCUUCAAAGAUCAUGACCCUCAGAUAGCCAACCAGGCUUACUGGCGCUCCUGUGCGGCUCUUCUGGGUCAUGUGCUCGACGGAGCGUUUAAGGACGAGUUCAGCGUCGAGCUGCUGAAGCUUCCUGAAGUGCCAGUGACCGCUGGCGCGUUCUGUUGUGAUCUGGUUCUGGACUCUCGUUUAGACUCCUGGACACCUACAGAGGAAAAUGUGCGCAGUUUAACGCGUGACGCACUGCAGCUCAUUCAUAAGGAUCUGCCGUGGGAACCGCUGGAGGUUUCAGCGACUGUGGCGCUUGAGAUCUUCUCUCACAGCCGGUGUAAACAGGAGGAAGUUGAAGAAAGAGCAGCUCAAAGCCAGAAUGGGACAGUGUCAUUAUACAGGUGUGGUGAUCAUGUGACAGUGAGCGGAGGCCCUCUGGUGGCUCGUACGGGUCUCUGCUCUCAGUAUGAGGUCACAUCUGUCCAUACCUUGGUGGGAGAGUGCGAGUGGGGCGUCCUGCGCCGGGCUCAGGGGCUCUCGCUGCCCCUCAACCUCACUGCUCAUCAUAAUGUGUGGAAGAUGCUGCGGAAAAGAGCAGAAAGACUAGUGGAGAUUCCCUCAUCCCCAACAGUGACUCCUCCUCUCAUAACAGAAGCCACGCCCACUGCCACACCCCCUCAGCAGUAAUCAACACCUCCCCACCCAGCAUUGAGUGUGUUAUAUUGUUGAAUAAAAAUGUUUGUAAC